UGUGUUUUAUUGUCUAUCCCUUAAAGGUAUGGCAAUGAUUCCCUAUGAAGGGUCGGAACUAUCCAUAUUCCCCAUCAAUCUGGAGAAAAAGGAUCGCAGCACCAAUGCGGUAGCAACAAAUCCGAUCAAUGGGGCAGAAGAGGAGGAAGAGAGUGAUGAGGAAAUUGAGUUUAUUCUUCCUAAGGCGUACUGUGCGAAAUUCUCAGACGAGGUUGCUUCAAACCCGUCGGAGUCACGCGAUGGUGAUACAUUACCGCCACUGCUGCAAGAGUUGAAACGGAAUGGGCAUCUUCAGGAUGUCACGAUAAUCGAACGGCGUCGAUCGUUAGACGUGCCCGUGGUACACCAGACCGCAAACGGGACUGACGAUUCAUCGAAGGAAGCCAAAGCACCGAAACUCGACGAAACAGACAACAGACAACAACAACCUAGUGAUCUUCGUGUGCGUGCCACUGUUCAGGGCACGCCGACACCAGACGCGGAAGCGAUAACCGAGCUUGAAAACCGUACGGACCACAUAAAUAUGCUGAGCGGUGCAUUUUCCGCUAAACCAAUGAGAAUACCUGCUACGGCAGUUACGAAACGUCGAACACGCCACACCAUAUCGCCAAACGAUCCGGCCAAAGCACUCACAGAGAUGUCCGUUCGCGGGCUUAAUUUAUUCCAGUACGCCACAAUCAACGGUGGAAUGUACCAGUGCAUGGAGUGCGCUAAGGAUGGCUUUGAAAAAACAUUCAAAAACAAAUACAGCUUCCAGCGGCACGCUUUCCUAUACCACGAGGGCAAACAGCGCAAGGUGUUUCCGUGCACAGUGUGCGACAAGCAAUUUUCACGUCCGGACAAAAUGAAGAAUCACUUGCGAUUGGCGCACGAAACGGUGCACGAAGCGGGACACGAAGCAAAUGGAGAAAGCUCAUUGGGGGUCAAUACAGGGCUGUGUUUGCAGAUGUCUUUAUCUCAGGAUGUACGUCAGGAGCAGCAGUAUCACUACCAGAAGCUGUUGGAGCAUCAUCACGCCCACCAACAGCAAGAGUUGUCGUCGAUAAAACUACUGCACGAAGAGCAAAGGCGUCGGCAGCAUGAACAAGACGUGAUGAGGAUUAGAAGUGUGGUCAAUGCACUCAAUCUGCGCCAACUGCAACAAAUGCAGCAGCAGAAUUCACAGGAGCUGGAUCUACGCAUGGCGCCUCCAACGGGACAGCUCGAUGUACCGAAUCAUGCCGUACAAUUCCCUACGGAACAACCUUUUCUCCCGGAAAAAUCUAACGAAUCCUCGGUCCCGAUAGCACAGUUGAUAGUUUUGAACGGCAGUAUCGGUAGUCAAUGAUAGCGAGAUGGCAAAAGAUUUGCAAGUCGUUCAAGUCAUUCACAAAAAGCCAUACAAUGAAAAAUAUUACUUUAAUUUCUGAGAUACGAAAAGAAGACUUAAAGCGCUACCAGAAAAGACAUUUUAAAUGUGCUGAACGUAUAAACAACUAUGCCAAUGGACGCGAACACCAUAGCACAAGUAUAACACCAAAUUUACUAAUAUUGGAUGUACAUUUAAUACUUUGCCAUUUAUAAUACCUUGCAAACAAUGCAUAUUCGCAGGGCGAAUUGAUUGGAAAUUAUCGUAGAAACAGACACGGUGCAACAACGAUGCUCAAUUUAUAAAACGUGCCAUUGAAAGAUAUUAUACCAUUGAAUGAAUGAAACCACAUACUAGAAAAACAACGCCGUUUACAACGUUGAUAGAUUUAGGAUACGCAACCGUUGUAUCACACGCUCAUCUGGAUAUUAUGAAGACUGAGUAGUAUGGCUACGUCGCUUGUAAAACGUAAAAAAACACAUCCAUACGUAAACUGAAUUGUCGAUCUCUCUGUCUCUCUUGAAGAACAAUUUUCAUUAAGAGAUGUGUAGUUAGUUAGUUGUGAUAUAAUUUGCAUCACUCAAAUUCAAAUUGAAAUCUUAAGAAUUAUUUGGUAGUAUAACACUGUUUUCUGUUUUAUUUUAUUUUUAAAUAAUCAACACCAAUUAAAGUUGGAUUUUUAAUAUAAAUUUUCAUACAAAUAUUGAAUUUUGUGUUGUUGUGUACCCAUUGUAUCACACACAAACACCAAUGAAAGUUCAGGGCACUCGCGAGAGAAAAGUUAUGUAUAACACUUACACGAUAGACAAAGCAUACACACCCAGUUGAAUUGAAACCAGUGGAAAUAGUUAUUACAAAAAACGAUAUAAAUGCAUUAAAGUUUUGUAGAAGUAUGAAUUGAAAAGAAAUGAUAAGGAAUCAAAAUUGAAACGGCAGUCAGAAGCAGAAGUUCUUUUAUGAAAGAACAAGUUCAGGCACAUUGAAAAGGGAAAGAAGGAACAUUCAAAUACUCGUUCAUUUUUCGACAUUUGAAUAUUGCCAGUGAAAUCUCAAGUCCGGUUGAAAACGGAAAGGAUCCUUUCUUUGUAUUUAUCUCUUAUACAAAACAUCCUUAGUAGUGAUCCUAAGAAUGUGAAAAAAUAGCUGUUGAAGUAAAUCAAAGAACUGCAUAGAAGUUAGGAAAGAAUUACAAAAAUUCACAGGAAUUGAAUUUAAGAACUCUAAGAAAAUAUUAUUCCUUGAAAUAUUAUAAUACUCGAAACAAAUUUGUAUGAAAAUGAAAUA